CCUUAAAAAGAAUCUGCAAUCCCUGGGUGUAGCUCAGAUAAUGAUUGGCCUGAAAUGUUUCUUAUUUGGGAUCAUUGAGAUUUUUCUUUACUGGCACUCUGACUUAAGGAAUCUUUUAUUCUGCUUUUAUAUUGGUUACCCGUUCUGGGCUGCAGCAUCUUUCAUCAUGUCUGGAUCUUUGACCAUCUCAUGUACAAGAAAACAAACAAAAUUUCUGAUCGAAGUCAGUAUUGGAGCUAACAUUAUCAGCACACUACUUUCAAGCACUGGGAUAAUUCUUCUCUCCGUGAAUUUAGUUGACAUAGUCUUACUUGAAUGCUGGGAGUUACCGGCGUGUUCGUUGGUUAAAUCUUUUAUAACUAAUAUUGUGAUCCUUCAAAUGAUACUGACUUGUGUGCAGAUUUUUAUUUCGUUCUCACUCUGUGGGCUCACUUAUACCAUGGAUGGCAAGGAGAUCAGCUGGGCUUCUGCACUAAGUUGCUUGAUCAGAUCACAUUCUGAAGAUCCUUAUCAAGACUUACUGACUCAACCUGAAACCUACGAAGAUUUAGUGCUUCAAGACGUAGACCAGGUUCACUCUCAUCCGUGAGACACCAUCGAAACAUUUUUUACCACACCAGGGCAUCUUGGAUCCAUGAUGGCAACCAAAGACAGAUCUGAUAGGAAUCUUCUACAAAUCCCCUGCUCCCCAUGUCUUUUAUUAUGCACUUUCACAUACACAGACACAAUUGGCACGGAUAUGUGCUUAAUUUCACAGGUGACCAGCAAAUACUAAUAUUAGCAUUCCGUGGCCUAGUAGACCUCUUUUCAUUGGGACGGUAUUACCAUUUUUGAGCCAAUUUCAGUUCUUAGGCCUCAGAGAGGAAUUUGUUGUUAGCCACUUACUCCUUCCUAGAAACUGUACUUCCCUCUGGGUUGACAGUUUAUUCAAAUGAAAAAUCUUUGUGCAAAUAGUUUGGGUGAGUAGUGGCAUACCAUCUGACACUGGGUCCAAUCUAAGUUUCUUUGACUGUUGAAUGUACUAGGUCUGCCUUGCUUGUGUCAAGGUGAACUUGACAAAAUGUAAUGCGAUACAAAAUGCACACUCUAAUGUAUGACACAUAGUAAAAAUCUAAUGCAACCUCA